AUGCCCGCAAGGCCGAGCAGUCCUGGAGAGUCAGACUUGCUCAGCACGACAGGUAGGCGACUGCUGCCAGGAAGCUCCAAUGACAAACCAGCAGACUUCGAGCUGUGCAUGGUUAUUCGUCUCGUACAUCCACUAGCUUCGGUAAGAGCUGCCAGCUGUAGACGGCCUCAGAGCAGCUUGAAGCGUUGUUUUCAAUUUUCCCCUAUCAGACUCGCUCAGCAGAUCAACACCAUCCUGAUUUCGAGCCUCGCCCUCAUGCUUGUUCUAUCUCUUCAGCCGUCACAUGGUCGCCCAGAUACGACUCCGCCGAUGUUCUCCUUCAGGGCUACUGACUCCUCGCCCAGGGCUGCGACUUUACGGCUUCUGCGAAUGCCCUUUCUCAUGUGUCUACUCGCCAGAACCAUUGCACGCCUUCAUCCACUUCCAAGAUCCUGUUCCUCACCUUCGCGACGCCUGCGACCAUGCCGUCGAGACGCCGACUUGGCUGUUUCGCUUGAGAUAAAAUCUGCGACAUCUCGCCUUCUGACAACCCACUCGAACGCAUGCUACAAUGGCAAACAUUCCUGGAUGGCAUGGUUUGAGCGCAAAAUGGUGGACCUUGACAAUCCGGUUGCGGUCACGAUGACUUGGGACGAAGAGUACAGCGAUGAUGACAGAACGAUGGCAGUGAGGACCGUCCAAGGCAAUCUUCGCAUAUACACGUAUCGAGACUUCAUGCCGAUUUGGGGGCCGCAAGUUCACAUUUGCACGGCGGAGAUCACGGAAUCUGAGCCAUGUCCACGAAUUGUAGAACGAAGGGCGUUGUUGACACACCUCGUGAUACUCCGUUCUAUGAAGGCUAAGAGCUGCCGCAAUGAAACGAAGCGCAUCUCGACCCUUAUGUCCUCUUUCAGAGCUUCAUGCGUUCGAUUCCAAGUCACGAUCUACAAUGACCUUUUUGAAUGUGAACGAGGGGAUGUAUUGGCACCUCCAAUUGAGAACGGCAAGGGGAGCCGCCCUGAAAAGAGUGAAUGGCCAGAAGUCAAGCAGUGGCAGUCGACUCAGUUCGAUUCCCGUAUCGAGAUUCGAAAGCAGCACGCAUUUCAACCGCACAAAAUACGGAGAAUUAUCCAUUGUAAAUCCAAAAAUACAUUCCCACUUUCGACCACUAUAUCAUCCAAAAAAAGCAAAAAGUUCGAGAAGUCGCACAUCUCUACAUCUUCACCUCAAGGUUUGCGCUGCCUUGAACUUCACGAGCCAUGCCGAGCCAAGCCAACCGCCACUGCCAACUGCGCCAACAAAGGAAAUAUACGUACCGAUUGCCCGAAGGCAAGAGCUUGGGGAUUUAGUUGGGUAUGUAUAGGCAAAUUGCUGACUAGCUGGGGGCUUGGCAACGUUGAUUGGGAUUAUGCCCUUUUCCUCACGCUCCUCACGCUCGUCGAUUGGCGAGUGCUUUGUCGGUAUGGUUUUCCCUUGGAGACCACAGCCAUCCCUUUGAUUCAGAGGGCACCUUCAGUCGACGCAAUCUUUCGGCGGAGCUUUGGCUACACUCUAAGACUCAGCGCCCACGUCACAUCCACCUUGUGUCCUCUCGCAAGCUUCAAACUCGGCGCUCUGACAUGCACCACUCUCGCCGCUAUCCAGCUACUUCCCGUCGAAUGCAGCCUCAACCGAUCAUGCGCGACGAAGAUGGAGAGGGUCCCAGACAGGACACGUUGGCAGCUACUCCAGCCAUUCGAACUCGCGCUUGCAAAGGGCUUCCGGCCGCCGAUAUCCAGAGAAAGGCUAAGCGCAAAACCUCGUCCUCGUAUCAGGCUUAGGAUCAAACGAACAGGAUUCGGCGCAUGGGAAGACCAGCGAGUUGAAACAGGAGAAAGAGAAGUUCAUCACGAUGGACCCGCCAUCACUCCGUUUGGUAAAGGCUGGAUUGAUCUGAAACUGAAGCGCCGCGAGAUCCCACGAAACAGCAAGCAGGAUAUCGAGGAGAUGAAUAGAACUAAGUGUCAGCCAGAGAUCCAUAUCCGACCUCAUUGA